AUGUUGCUAAGCGUACCUAGUCACUCUCCUGCCACUGACGAAUAUAUCAGGCCUCUGACCCUUACCUCCGCUCAAUCUUCCCCACCCAAGCUCGAACUUGCCAGAGAACGGCGUCCACCUCGAUUGCGAAACCGUCAACGUCAAAAUCGACCCAACCAAGACGGCCUUGGAGACGUGCAGGGCGACCCCAACGACCCAGCAAACUUCCUCAAAUGCGGUGAACGGCCGAAUCUCAACAGACUGCCAGGCACUGAGCUUGGAGAAAUCGUCCUGGAGGAUGGCAGCCGGGUCAACGCCGGCCGCGUGAUGAUGAGAGGAACCUGGAACACUGCCCUACAUGGGCCUUUGGCCGGUGCGUACGAGGAGGGCAAGAAAGCGGCCCGCCCAGACGUUUGGAUUCACAAGAAUCGCAACUCUGGUCUCUGGAACGAGAAGUCUGCCAUGGGCGAGUAUCUGAAAAGGGAAGGAAUCCGCACUCUCCUGUUCUCGGGCGUCAGCACCGAUCAGUGCGUCGGCUCUACUCUGCAAGACGCCCAUGCUCAAGGCUUUGACACCAUGAUGUUGAAGGACGGUUGUGGAACAGAUAGCCUGCCAUAUGCAAAGGCAACUUACGAGUUCAACUGUGUCCGAGCCUGGGGCUUUCUCACCAGCUGCAAGGCCCUUGCGAAGGCAGCGGAGCUGGACUACUAGUAUGGAGCUGGAUUACUAGUAUGGAGCUGGAUUACUAGCAUGGAGCUGGAUUACU